GCCAAAUAUUCCUCUUCUCGAUGUCUCAAAUGAUAGCUGGUAAACUUCCGACAACCGACAUGGAUUCCGUCAAAUCGCAACCAACCACCGCUUGCCACGUGGUCGCCAUACCUUAUCCUGGCCGCGGCCACAUCAACCCCAUGAUGAACCUCUGCAAAUCACUAGCUUCUAAAUCAAACAGCUCCAUCCUCGUCACCUUUGUCGUCACCGAAGAGUGGCUCGGCUUCAUCGGCUCCGAGUCGAAGCCCCACGGGAUCUGUUUAGUCUCCAUACCUAACGUCCUGCCCUCGGAGCUGACCCGCGGCUCCGAUAUGGAAGGGUUUCUGGAAGCUGUCCACACGAAGAUGGAGGCUCCGUUCGAAAGGCUCCUGGAUCGCCUCGAGCCGCUGGCUACUCUCAUUUUGGCUGACUCUUUUCUGUCUUGGGUGGUUGCCGUCGGAAAUCGGAGGAAUAUUCCGUUAGCUUCGUUUUGGCCGAUGUCGGCGAGCUUUUUCUCCGUUCUACAACAUCAUUAUCUGUUCGAGCAACAUGGUCACUUCCUUGUAGACUUGUCUGAAAAAGGUGACGAGCUAGUGGACUAUAUACCAGGAGUUUCUUCCACACGAUUAGCUGAAUUUCCUUUAGUUUCAACUGAAACUGAUAAAAAAGUUUUACAAAGAAUACUGAAAGUAUUUUCUUCAAUGCAGAAAGUACAAUAUCUUGUGAUCACAUCAGUUUACGAGCUUGAAAACACCCCCAUGGAUGUUAUAAAGCAAGAAUUUUCAUUUCCAGUAUACGUUAUUGACCCUCUCAUAUCUUCUUUCGAGCUUAAAGAUGGCGAUGACAAGGAUGAUGAUAGUAAUACAAGCAAGAACGAUUACUUGAAAUGGCUUGACUGUCAACCCGCCAACUCUGUUUUAUAUGUGUCAAUGGGUAGUUAUAUUCAAAUCUUAGAUGCUCAAUUUGAUGAAAUAGCAUAUGGAUUGAAAGAAAGUGAGGUUCCCUUUUUAUGGGUAACUCGUGAACAGAACUCUCAACUAAAAGAAGUUUGUGGUGACAUGGGAAUGGUUGUAUCUUGGUGUGACCAGUUAAAGGUGUUGUCUCAUCCUUCUGUCGGUGGAUUUUUGAGUCAUUGUGGGUGGAAUUCUGUGAAAGAAGGUUUAUUGAUUGGUGGUAUUCCUUUUUUAACAUUUCCUUUAUAUGCAGAUCAAAUCUUCAAUAGUAAAUUAGUGGUUGAAGACUGGAAGAUUGGAUGGAGGAUGAAGAGAAUUAAAGGAGAUGAAGAUAAUGUGGUGAAUAGAAAUGAAAUUAAAGAGCUUGUUAGAAAGUUUAUGGAUAUUGAUGAUAUGGAAGUGAAGGAAAUGAAGAGGAGAGUUAAACAAUUUCAAGAGAAACUAAGAAAUGCAAUUCAUUAUACACAUGAAUUGUUUGAAAAUGACAUCUAUUCCUUCCUCGAGAAGAUUUCACAAUAUUAAAUAAAGAUAAUAGUGUUACAAUAUUUGAUUUGAUAGUUGAGUUACGGGUUCACUGAAUACGUAUAAUUUAUCAUUUUAUGUGUGUAAUAUUUAAUUUUGUAAAUUUAUGACUUAAUUUAUUAGUGUGUUGGGAAGUA